GUUUGAAAAAAAAACGCAGCUUUGGGCCAGCUUCAACGAUGGGUAAUCAUCAUGCAACCGGGCAUGCCUUCAACCUUUGUGGCUGUACAGAUGUUUUUGGCUUCGAGGGAAGUGCCAAGGCUGUCAUCAACAUGUAUGAUAUCAAGCCUUGGAAUGCACGAAGUCUCAUCCGUGACAGGUUGAACCGACAAGGAGACCUGGCACGGACCUCUCCGCUGCGGAAGGUGCCAGUAAAGGAAGGACUGGACUACUUUCGGCAGAAAGUGAACGGAACCUGGUUUGGGCCUUCAUCUGAGCUGCAAAAGGAGAAAUUUGUGGAGACUAUCGUGAUGCUUUUAGGCCACUUGGAUAUACCCCACAAUCCAAAAGAGAGGGAAGACUUGUACCAAGUCUUUGAUUCUAUGGACUUUGAUGGGAAUGGCUUACUGAGUACUGGUGAAUGGGCAGCUGGCCUCUCUGUCUACUUCAAGGGUUCCAUGGAAGAGGCUGUUCGCGCUGUUUUUAGUUGCUUGGAUGCCAACGGUGACGGUGCGAUAUCAAAAUCAGAGCUGCAGGUUUACCUUUCCCCCUUCGUGAAAGCCAUGUCUCCACAAGAGGCAGCUGCACUUCGGCCACUUCUUGAAAAAAAGGCGGUGGAUGAUAUUUACUAUGACAUGGACAUGGACCAUGCUGCUGACAUAUCAAGUGACGAGAUGCUGGCGUGGAGCAAACGAGGUAACAACAUAGUGGACAGGCUUGCAGACAUUAUUGAUCAAGAAGUGUAUCAGAUUUGGCUAUCGGAGUCGAAAAAGAGGUCAAAGAAUAUGAGGCGCAGUUCUGAAUCGUGGCCAGAAGGCCAACAUGGCGCAUUCAAUCCACAAGAGGCAGGGAUGAUUGGAAGUCCCAAUGGGACGAUGCAUGGCACAGGGAGUCCCAUGCACUCGGAGUAUGGACCGGCACCCUCCUACUCGAGUGGUUCUCCUCAAGGACAAGACCAAUCAGGUGGUUGGUUCGGAGGAUUCUUUGAUGGUCAAGAGUCGCCAGCCUCCAGGAGCCCAAUGUCCGGCCCACCUACCGCUCAGACUGCACCGCCGUCUGCACCACUGCCUCCUUCGCCUCCGGCCGAUCUACAUGACCCUUUUGCGCAGCCAAGGAGGGGUGCUGUGCCACCGCCCCCACCACCCCCAGCUCCCGGCCGAGCGUCUCCUGUUGGCAGCGCAGGAGCCUAUCCAAAUUACCCAAAUGGCUUUGCCUCAUAUCCAGCAGUCCAACCCGCAUACAACACUUCUCAUUAUUCCCAUCCUAGCCCAUGCCGGUCAUCACCACAAUAUACAGGCCGAUACUGAAUCCAGUUGCUGACUCGGAGAUGUUCUUCACAGAUCAAGUUUCUGAGUUCUGUACAUUAGAUCACACAACUGUGAUCAUUGUACCAAUAGUGUCACAUUGAAUAUGAGGACAUUCAAAGGCCCUUGACAUGAUUCAUUGAGC